AUGGAUGGAUCCGGCGGUGCCCCGAAGCCGAGCAGCAGCGUCAAGCUGGUCUUGCUUGGUGAAGCUGCCGUAGGAAAGUCGUCGCUUGUUCUGCGCUUCGUCAACAACGAUUUCCAAGAAAACAAGGAGCCAACUAUUGGAGCUGCUUUCCUGACGCAAAAGUGCAACCUGCCCACCCGAACGAUCAAGUUUGAGAUCUGGGAUACCGCCGGCCAGGAGCGUUUCGCCUCGCUGGCGCCCAUGUACUACCGCAACGCUCAAGCCGCCCUCGUCGUCUACGACCUCACGAAGCCGACGUCACUCAUCAAGGCCAAGCACUGGGUCGCCGAGCUCCAACGACAAGCCUCGCCUGGUAUCGUCAUCGCCCUCGUCGGCAACAAGCUCGAUCUGACAAACGACGCCGAGUCCGGGUCUGCCGGUGACAACGAGGAGGCGGAUGGGGAGGACUCCGGCGACGCCCGCAAGAUCUCCACAGAGGAGGCCAAGACGUAUGCCGAGGAGGAGAGCCUGCUCUUCUUCGAGACGAGUGCCAAGACGGGCCACAACGUCACGGAGGUCUUCACGGCGAUCGCCAACGCCAUCCCAGAGACAUCUCUGAAGAGCGCACGAGGCCCGGGCGCAUCGCACGCCGUGAGUCGGGGCGCAGACGAACAGCAGCGAGUCAGCCUGACGGGCUCUAGAGACGCGGCGAAGGAGGGAUGCGCUUGCUGA